AUGGCAGCACUGGAAUUGCUAAACACGUCUGCUUUUGGUCGUUUGUUUUUCAGGUUGGUCAAGAAGUGGUUGGAGAUCACAGGAACCGCAUCCGGCAAGAUGAACAUCAUCUGGGUGCCACCAAUGUCAACAAUAUUGCCCGAAUUCAGAAACACCGGGCCCGAACCGUUUGAGGUGGAGUUGAUACGCUGUGCAUCGAUCUUGAGCCCGUUCCGGCCAAGGAUUACCAAUUCCCACCGUCUCUCUUCCAAAUUGUACGAGAUGGAGGCGUGUUUUCUGGACACCACCUUGGAAGGUCCCAGAUCAAUAUCAACAAGGUCUUCAGGGCGGUCUGUCGCAUGCGAGUCUUUUAGUACUUACCUCAUUGUCGUCGUUCAUAAACCGUUUUCUCUCACUCAUUUUGAGACGCUAAAUGGAUGCCAAAAGGAACCAAUAAGACGCUUUAGAACCACAAUUAUUAGAGCUUUGGAAGCUGGCCAAUUUUUUGUUUUUAUUUACAGUAAUUUUAUUUUGUCAACACAAAAAAAAAGUUGGAAAUAUUUCGUCGCAAACUACUUUUCCUGUAAAUCGAGCGGAGACUCAAACGGGUUUUGCUGCUGGUCUUGGACAUCCAAGUCCACCUCCAGAAGCAUCUCGCCGCUGUCUGCGGGGUCCAGCGUAUCCAGCGGGAUGUCCAGCGACACCGUAUCCCCUUUCGUUUUGGUAGAAUCUGCCUGUUCUCUCAUGUGCUGUGUGGUGAGGUACUCGAUGUUUUCCUCGUCAGAGUCUCCCAAAUCGGACUCGUCGCUGCUUCCGAGCACGUCAUCGUUGUUCCGCAGCACCAACGGGCCCAGAUUCAGGUUUGUUCCGCCAGAGGUGCCUGUUUUCGAGUUCGACCCGGUGUUGGAGCCAGUGCCGGUGCCGUACUGGGGCUCGUCCUCCUCGCUCUCCUCUCCUUCUAAAAUCGUGUCUUCCAACACAAACCGGUUCUUUGGUGCCUCGUAG